AUGGAAUUCGAUUUGGAAGAGUGGGUGACCAACUCAAACGAGUGCUUCUUCCUCAAUCUAUACCGCUCUGUGGAUGGCGAUGGUGAGCCUAAACGUGUGCUCGAUUCCUUCAAUCCCACCUGCACAUACACCGUCAUCGACGAACAAGAGACCAUCGCCGGCUAUAAGAACCCUCGAAUCGAGCUCGACUUUCGUGCAAACGACCUCAAGCCGAAGCUGAAGAUUCAAUUUGAUGCGCAAUUAGAUCUCAAGAAGAUCUCGCCAGAACUCACCCAAGUCGACCUCUCACCAGACUUGUUUCGCGAACAUCUGCCAGCGGCGACUAACGAUGCGACCGAACCUACCUCGAAAGAAUGGAAGCCGCCUGGCGAGUGUCUGAAGAGCUUCACCCUGCACGGAAAACAGUACGAGAUCUGGAAGGCGUCCAUGGCCGAUGAUGCCGCGAGACAAAUAUGGACCAACAUGAAAAUCCUUGUGCUCUUGUUCAUCGAAGGCGCGACAACCGAAGGUCUCGAUGAUGAAGAGACAUUCGAUCGGUGGUCCUUAUAUCUCCUGUACGAAGUCACGCCCAUACAAGACGCGGCCCAUUCUCCAUACACUCUUGCUGGCUUCUCGACUUCGUAUCGCUCCUGGAUUUUCCCCACCUUCGACAUCAUGCGCGCGACCAAACAACUUCCCUCUCCACCACCAGAAUCUGCAAAUGGCGAUAAAAAAUACACACCUCCUCGCCUCACACAGGAUCCCACCACGUUCCUCUUCAACGAGAAGAUCAAUCAUCUCGAGACGCCAUCAAGAGAGCGUAUUUCGCAGUUCUUGGUCCUAACUCCAUACCAAGGCCAGUCCUUAGGCAGCAGGCUGUACGAAACUAUCUUCCAAGAUCUCCUCGCCAAGCCCUUCAUCUACGAGAUUCCUGUCGAGGAUCCAAGCGAGGCAUUCGAUGCCAUGCGCGACUAUAGCGAUAUCGCGUACCUCCGCACACUUCCUGCUUUCCAGUCCCUAUCGGUUGCGUCAAAUCUGACACCAGAAGCACUCCGGAAAGAUGCUCCUAUCCCACGUGACCAGAUUCUAGGCAACGGCACUGAUCUCGAAGAGCUUCGUCUCCAAACCAAGAUCGUCUCCCGCCAGUUCUACAGGAUGGUCGAGUUACACCUCCUCUCCACCAUCCCACAGAACCAUCGCAACCGUGCACGUAUCACGCGCAAGGCCAAAUCUAGUAAUGAGAAUGAUAGGAAAUACUACUUUUGGCGUCUAGCGCUUAAGCAUCGCAUCUAUAGCCAGAAUGCAGAUGCGUUAGAUCAAAUGGAGGUGACAGAGAAGGUCGACAAGAUCGAAUCGGCGGUCGACAGUCAGCAGGAGGAGUUCGAGGAGCGGUUGGAGGGUAUCGAGAAGAGGCUAGAAUGGAUGGCAGAGGAAGGUUCAUCAUCAAAUGGGGCGAGAAGCAAGGGCAAGCGGCGGAGAGCAGUAGUUGAAGAUGAGGAGGACGAGUGGGAGGACAUGGAUGUCGCGUCUGUUAGUUCUAAGCGGGCGCGAGCUUGA